AGCUGCUUUGGCUUCUUCGGACGGUGGUGCUCCCAAGAUGGAGAGCCCCUCCUCGCCGACGAGGGGACUGGAAGAUGAGCAGACCAUGCGAACAAGGCCUGAGCCCUUGUGGCGACACCACGACCGGAAGGCCAUGAAGUCGGGCCAGCGAGGGACCAUCUACUGGGUCGGGAAGCAGAUCCUGGCGGAGGACGGGUCCAAGACCGGGAAGGUGGAGAAGGGCGCCAGUUACCAUGGGGAGUGGGGGGACAACCAGAAGAAUGGCUACGGCGUGCAGAUCUUCCCCACGGGCCAGAAAUAUGAGGGCCAGUGGCGAGAUGGCGCCAGGAAUGGCGAGGGCACCCUGUGGGUUCCUUUCGGCAAGGCCGGGAAGCUGCGGAAGCUCUACGUGGGCGGCUGGAAGGAUGACAAGCGCCACGGCCGUGGCACCUGCUUCUUCAAGGAGGGCCAGUUCUUCCAGGGCGACUGGAACCAGGGCAAGAUGCAGGGCCAAGGCCUGCUGAGGUACCAGAACGGGGACUUGUACAUCGGGGAGUGGAGCCACGGGCUCCGCUCAGGCCAUGGUACCUUGACCAAGGCCAACGGAGACUGCUACGAGGGCCUCUGGCUUAACGACAAGAAGGAGGGCAGCGGUAGUUAUUUCUACGCGGAGAGCGGCAAGGUCUUCGUCGGGGAGUGGCUGGAUGACUUGCCCAAGGCGGGGAUCUACACGCAGGCGGCCUCCAACCCGGAGCAGGCCUCUGCAGUGCCGGAGACCUCCGUACUGCCGGUGCUGAAGCUCAAGUACCCCAACGAGGUGCUGGAAGAGGCCCUCCUGGCGGUGCAGGACAUGCAGCGCUUCCCCCUGGAGAGCCGAUCGGACGAGGGCGAAGAGUUCCCCGACUUGGACGGGCCCAUCGACAGCGAAGACUACUGAUGGUCCGAAGCUUGCUUCCCCGACCUGUGGCUGAAGUCAAGCACCAGAAAUCCCAGAAGUCGGCCAUACAGGGUUCAUUGGCCAAAAUUGCCUCCCUGUUUCAGC